AUGGUUGAUGAUGGCUCGCCAAAAAAAUUCAGGUUCUCAUGGGUGGACGAUGAAGAUGGAGGAGACAUCGCAUGGCUUGCCACGCUAGCGUAUUUUCUGAUCAGUAAUUUACUGGUCUUAGGCGGUGGACGGGAUUUGCUGGGCUUAGGCGGCGAACCAGCAGAUGGUGAACGGAGGGUGGUGCCGGAAUUGACGCGGGUCAAGAGAAGUGGAUCGAUCGACAUGAGAGAGGAGAGAGGACUUAUUGAAAACGAAUCUCAUUCGGAUUUGGCAAUCGUUGAGGUUGGAGUAGAAGAAGCAAUCAAGGCUAGCCUUCAGGACCACUUGAAGUCCCCCCAGUCGGAAUUUAGUGUUGGGGCUCGGUUACGAACGUCGAAUUUAUGCAAGUCAAUGGUACCGCACCAGAUCUGA